AUGCAGCGAGCGGUUCAACCUUUUUCGGUGCAUGGAAACACCGUAAAAAAUGCGGUAUUGCAUUGCAUUCGGGUUGUCAAUCCGGUUAUGCGACCCGUUAUGUUUUCCAGAUGUUUUGAAAGCCUAAAAACUGCAACAAGAACACAUUGCUAUUAUGUCCAUUCUAAUACAACUGCAUUAGACGUUUUGAAAGCCCAAGGUAAAGCUGCAGAUGGCUUCUGGCUUUGGUCCACUACAGAUGACACUGUUUAUGAUGCCGUGAAGUCGAUUACUCAACACAAUGUUGGUUCCCUGAUGAUGGUAAAACCUGGAGAGCAUAAAUCAAUUGCCGGUAUCAUCACAGAGCGAGAUUAUCUUAUGAAGAUAAUAGUACAUGGAAGAUCAUCCAAGUCAACUAAAGUUGGGGACAUCAUGACUGAAGAGCAGCAAAGGGCAUGGACACCAGCAUUGGAUGCACAUAUUGUUAAAGCAGAUAAGGACUAUUGUUGCAUGCGUGGCAAGGAGAGGAAGAUUGUUGGUGUGCUUUUUGGUUGUUGGGGUUACUCAUGA